AUGGCUUCAAGUUCAGACAACAAUCGUGGUAUUGAGUUUUAUCUCACGUCAUUAGUCAGAUACGAUCCAAGCAUCAAGGAAUUGGCUGAGCAAAUUGCCAAAGAUCCCACCUUUACUCUGUACCAAGUGCAUCAAGCUAAGUCCAAACGUGUCACUGGCAAGUGUGUAGAUGAACUUGGAGCCUCCGAUGUCUCUGUCUUCGGUAGCGAAUGGGCCCAAGAUGCACACUUUGUUACUGACUGUAAAGAAAGGCGUAAGUGGACACCAACAGAAGAUCUUGUUCUCAUCAGUGCUUGGCUGAACACUUCCAAAGAUCCUGUAAUUGGUAAUGAGCAAAAGGCCAUAGCGUUUUGGAAGAGAAUUGCUUUUUAUUUUGCAUCAAGUCCCAAGCUUGUCGGUUUGUCAAAGAGAGAGCCUGAUAACUGCUGCUAUGAAGCUGCAGUUAAACAAAAAUCCAGUGGCCAAAGUGAGGAUGAUGUUAUGAAGAUGGCACAUGCGAUUUUCUUCAAUGACCACAAGAAAUGGUGUGGAGUUUCUAAAGAAAAUUUGAAGUCUAAAAGAAGAAAGAUUGAUGAUCAAUCUGCACAAUCAUCAACCAGUGUGCCUGUUGGGGAAGAAGAAGCAGUUGGUCGGCCAGCUGGUGUUAAAGCGGCAAAGGCGAAGAACAAACGCUCUGUGAGCAAGGAGGAAGGAGUAGUGGAUUUUCAGAAGAUGUGGGAGAUAAGAGAGAGAGACUAUGUUAUGAAAGACAAGCUUAACAAGCAAAAAAUACUUGAUAGCCUCAUUAAGAAGAUAGAGCCACUUACUGAGACUGAAAUUGCUUUGAAGAACAAGCUAAUUAAUGACAUGUUAGCAAGUUAG